AUGAAAUUCCUUUUCACGUGCUGGAAGAACGCCAAACCGCGACUGCUAAGAGGCAUUCAAGUGGUCCUUUCACACGAAGAAAAAUGCCAUAGCUUUAUUGAAUCAAACGAACAGCUGACGUGCACUGAGGUGUUAGAGCUCUCCUGUGAUCACGAAGAAGCCGAUACACGAAUGAUAACCCAUGCAAGACAUGCCUCUCAACAUUUCCCUAACAUUCUGAUCAAAAGUCCUGAUACGGAUGUUUUCGUUAUUGCACUUAAUGCCUCUUUGGACAUCGAUGCUGAUAUUUUCAUGGAAACGGGUGUAGGACAUGGACGACGAAUAAUCUCCCUCAGCAAUGUGAGGCAAUCUCUUGGAGACCAAUGGUGUAGGUCUUUGUUAGGUCUUCAUGCGUUUACGGGUUGUGAUACCACAAGUUCCUUUUACGGCAAAGGCAAGAUAAGUGCAUUGAAGAUUGCCAAAAUGAAAGUGGCGCACGCCACUACAUUCGAAAAUCUUGGGAGGGAAAUAGUACUAUCUGAUGCACUUAAACAGGACUUAUCAAGGUAUGUAUGCCAUCUCUAUGGUUAUGACGAAUGCUCGGACGUCAAUACUGCGCGUUACCAAUUAUUUAAAAGAGGGAAAUACGAGGAAGAAUUGUUGCCGCCUAACCAAGAUUCUCUCGACCAGCACGCUCUCAGAGCCAAUUUCCAAUGUUACAUCUGGCGACAUGCUACGCAACCAAUGCUUCAUCUUCCUACAUUUUACAACCACGGCUGGAAAGUAGAUGGUGAAGGAAACGUAGAAAUUGCUUGGAUGACCAUUCCUGCAGCCCCAGACUCAAUCUUAGAAUUUGUAAACUGCAAGUGUACGAAGGGUUGUGAAAAUAGAAGAUGUUCCUGUUUGAAGGCAUCGCUGAAGUGUACGGAUGUAUGCCAAUGCCACGAUUGCAAAAACCGCUAUAGCGAAAGCCAUGACGAAAGCGAGUGCUAUGAAGAUUCCGACACUUUUAGCUCCUGUGACGAUCACAGCUCGGAUGAGGACAGUGAGGAUGAACAGUAAAGAGUCAACAGUCUUUAAAACAGUCAACUUCUAAAGAUAUUCAUAAAGUGACACAAUCAGAAUGGGAUACUGCUGUUGCAAUCCAUUUUAUGUGCUAAAUCGCAAAUAGACGACAUCUCCACCAUUCGACAACGCGACGCGACGAUCAACUUUAAAUUGAUCCUAGUUUGAAUUUUCCAGAAGCGCCACAAUAUUUUGAGUUAUCUGGUCUACAUAUCUUUCAAAAUUUGCUCUCAUUGGCUAUUCAAUUAACUUUCAAGAACUAAAAAAUCGCGUCGCGUUGUGGAAUCGCGUCCGGUGUGUAUGGAUUGGAACUAUUUAUAUUCGAGCAAAGUCCAUAGCCUACGAUGACAA